AUGGUGCGUCUGAGGGAAAUCCCAAGGACGGCCACGUUCGCCUGGUCGCCUGGCGCUGCGUCGCCAUUGAUCGCAACUGGAACUCGCGCUGGCGCUGUCGAUGCCGACUUCUCUAACAAGACAUGUCUCGAACUGUGGGAUUUGGGCCUUGACCGUGAAGAUGCGAGCGAGGAGCUGCAGCCCAUAGCUAAGCUCGAUACAGAGUCCGGCUUCAAUGAUGUGGCCUGGACAACGUCCGAAGACAACAAACGGGGUGUGAUUGCGGGUGGCUUGGAGAAUGGCUCCCUGGAGUUGUGGGAUGCUGAUAAGCUACUUGCUGGAUCCAGUGAUGCGUUGAUCUCAAGAACCACUAAGCACAGCGGCGCCAUCAAGACCCUUCAGUUCAACCCGAAACACCCGAACCUUCUGGCUACCGGUGGCGCAAAGGGAGAGCUGUUCAUUUGGGAUCUAAACAACAUCGAGAACCCAUUCCGGUUGGGCAACAACGCGGCCCGCACAGAUGAUAUCGACUGCUUGGAUUGGAACAGGAAGGUUCCUCACAUUCUUGUCACUGGUAGCAGCUCCGGCUUCGUGACGGUCUGGGAUGUCAAGACGAAAAAGGAGAGUCUGACAUUGAACAACAAGGCCCGGAAGGCUGUCAGCGCAGUCGCAUGGGACCCCGAGAGGCCCACAAAGCUUAUUACAUCGUCACCGCUGGAGUCAGACCCAGUGCUCUAUGUCUGGGAUCUGCGCAACUCCCACGCCCCGGAGCGGACACUCACCGGCCACGAAUCCGGUGUGCUCUCGCUUUCUUGGUGCGAGCAUGAUCCAGAUCUCCUGCUGUCUUGCGGCAAAGAUAACCGUAAUAUCUGUUGGAACCCGCAAACCGGUGAAGCAUACGGAGAGUUCCCCGUUGUCACGAACUGGACCUUCCAGACCCGCUGGAACCCCCACAACCCGAACUUCUUCGCAACCGCGUCCUUUGAUGGCAAGAUUUGUAUCCAGACCCUGCAGAACACGAAGACCGAUAAUUCCCAGGCCAUCGCCGAUCACAAUCAAGCCUUGGACGGCGAAGACUUCUUUAAUAAGGCGCAAACGCAGCCCCAAGUCUCCAAGUUCUCUCUCCCAAAGGCCCCUCGCUGGCUUGAGCGGCCCUGUGGUGCUACAUUUGGCUUCGGAGGUCGGGUCGUUUCCUUCGGUCUGACUGAGAAGGGCUCACGUACAUCUACUGUCAAAAUCACAUCGUUCGAGGUUGAUGAGAGCGUUGGCAAUGCUACUGAAAGCUUUGAGACUGCAUUGAAAGAGGGCGAUAUUCGUACUCUCUGUGAGUCGCGCGCUUCAGGUGCUUCCAACGAAGCAGAAAAAGCAGACUGGAAGGUGAUGGAGGCUUUAAUUUCCGAAAACCCACGUAAGGGCUUGGUAGAGUACCUGGGAUUCCAGGAUCAGGCUGAUGAGGCCGCUGAUAGUCUUGCGCAGCUUGGCUUGGACAAGAAGGAAGGCGAGGACACUAACGGUGCCGCCGCCAAACCGGCUAAGGUUAAGAAGCACAAGCGUUUGCAAUCCAUGUUCGAUCCCAAUCCCGAAGGUGACAGCUUCCUUUCUGAACUGGCUGCUUCUAAGGGUGCUCAAACCAACAACCCAUUCCAAAUUUUCAAUGGUUCAGAAAGCCAGGCGGAAAAGCAAAUUACUCGGGCUUUGCUCCUUGGAGAGUUUGAGAAAGCUCUGGACGUUGCCCUCCGGGAGGAUAAAAUGUCCGAUGCUUUCAUGAUUGCUAUUUGCGGCGGCCCAAAAUGCAUUGAAAAGGCACAGGAGUACUACUUCUCUAAGCAGGCCGGCGGUCCGAACUAUAUGCGCUUGCUCGCAUCUAUUGUCGGUAAGAACCUGUGGGAUGUGGUGCAUAAUGCCGAUUUGUCCAACUGGAAGGAAGUUAUGGCUGCCUUGUGUACCUUUGCCGACGAGAAGGAAUUCCCUGAUCUCUGUGAUGCUCUCGGUGACCGGCUAGAGGAGCAGGUCCAGAACAGCGACGAUAAGAGCGCCCGCAAGGAUGCUUCUUUCUGCUUUUUGGCAGGCUCGAAGCUUGAGAAGGUUGUUAACAUUUGGGUCGAGGAGCUUCGCGAGAAUGAGCAGAAAGGAAUUGAAAGCAACACCGACAACUCUUCCUUCUCUAUCCAUGUCCGUGCUCUACAGGGUCUGAUCGAGAAAGUUACCAUUUUCCGCCAAGUCACCAAGUUCCAGGAUACAGAGCGGAACAAGGACUCGGAUUGGCGCUUGAGUGUCUUGUAUGACAAGUACAUUGAAUAUGCGGAUGUUGUCGCUACCCAUGGACGUUUGCAAAUUGCUCAGAAGUACCUUGACCUUGUCCCUGAAAAGCACCCUGAAGCUGAGGUGGCGCGCAACCGCAUCAAGCUUGCCACCAGACAGGCACCCCAGAAGGCCCAAGCCUCUGUCGGAGCCAAACCUGCCUUUAAGCCCCUCCCGCAACAGCCCAGUUUAUACCAGCCGCAGCAGUCUUACAAUCCUGCUGCUACUUCAACACCGGUUGCUGCUCCUAACAUUUAUGCGCCUACUGCGCCCGCUGUUUCCCAGCAGGCUAACCCAUAUGGCCCUCCAACGACCUCGGUAGCUCAGCCCAGCAACCCCUACGCUGCUAUGUCGACGGGAGGCGCCUAUGGAUCGACAACUGGGUAUCAGCCAACCCAGGGCAUGAGACCUACCAGUUAUACUCCACCAUCUGCAUUCGGCGGACAACAGCCCACGGGUGCUGGCGUUCCCCCACCUCCUCGUGCGUCAUCUAACCAGUCGCCAGCCAACACAAUCACAACAUACACCACGGCCACUGGUCUUCCUGCAUGGAAUGAUUUGCCAGAAGGCUUUGCGAAGGCUCCUGCACCUCGCCGUUCAACUCCUGCCGCAGCCUCUGCACCCAUCGCCUCUCCUUUCCCCAACCAGUCACCGAACCUGGUCCAGGGACCUCCCCCGGUUGGUGCUCCGCGCGCACCAUCCGUGCCUCCCCCACCGAAGGCGGGUUCGGUUCCUCCACCGCGUAUGAUGUCGCCGCUAUCCGGUGGGCAGAUCCCUGGGCGUUCCCCGCCGCCCCCUGCCAAUCCAUACGCUUCUCUCCCUCAGUCACCGUCAUUGACUCAGGGGUCAACCAUGGGUCCCUCGGCGUCCAUACCUCGCGGAGCGUCGCCCUACAAUGCUCCUCCUAGCAUACCACCCCCAACCAAUCGGUAUGCACCGAGCCCAGCUGCCCAGGCUACAAACCCGCAAUUGCACACUCGUGGCCCGGUUGCUCCCCCUCCUCAGGCCGUUGCCUCACCAUACGCCCCACAAGCGGUCUCACAACCCCCCGCGGCAAACCCAUACGGACCCACCACGCCUAUUGCUACACAGCCUCCACCUAUGGCCCAGGGCAUCCCGCCGCCGUCUCAAGUACCUCGACCUCCAACAGCCCAGUCGCAGAGGCCAACUCCUGCGGCUCCAAAGUAUCCCCCCGGUGACCGUUCACAUAUUCCUGCAAACGCACAGCCUGUCUUCGAGAUUCUAUCAGCAGACAUGCAGCGCGUCAAGAGCCGGGCUCCCGCGGCAUUCAAGGUACAGGUUGAUGAUGCCGAGCGCCGCUUGAACAUCCUCUUUGAUCACCUCAACAACGAGGACUUGCUCAAGCCGAACACCAUCGAGGACAUGGCCAACUUGGCCCGUGCACUCCAGCAACGUGAUUACAAUACCGCCCUCGCUAUUCAUGUUGAUAUCAUGACCAACCGGACUGACGAAUGUGGCAAUUGGAUGGUCGGUGUGAAGCGACUGAUUAGUAUGAGCGGCGCUACUCCGUAA